CCGUUUCAUUAACCUAAGAUCAUUGUGGCCAUAAAGGUUACGGCAAACUUCGGGGACCAAGAAAUUCACCAGUAAGAAUCCACGUAAUCGUUGGAAGUCGACAAAACAUUGAAUACCACUGGUUGGGAUGACGGAUUAAAUAUGAUAGGGAUUAUCAACGACCGUUUCAGUGGAUUGGGAUAAUACGAGUAAGACACCUUUUUAAUAACAAAAACGAUUAGAAAAGCAGGCAAAGACUUUCUAUGUAAACAUUACAAUCUGAAAUGACAUCUUCAAAAGGACCAGCAAUCAUCCUUUUGGUGAAAUGAGGGGACAAGAUUCAUACUUCUAGUUGCCCUCACCUAUGUUUAACCUAAAGGCAAUACUGUGAUCUGAUAUGUGAUGAUUACACACUUUUCUCAUAUUUGUCAUGCGACUCCUCUUCAAAGUUGCAAAAAGAAACAUAUAACUGACAAAAUCAACAAGAGGUGAUCUCCAUCAAAUGCAGUCAUGAAAAGAACACAAGUCUUUCCAAAGGGAUCGGCGUUAAGCAGAUCUGACAUUUUUUGAAACCGCUAUUGGAGGGAACGUCAUUGAUUCGAGUUUUAUAGGAGUGUUAACAAGAAUGCCUCCGACCUCUCAGACAUUCCGUCUCUGCUGCACCAGGUUACUUUCACAAUGGAAGGCGCGUGGCGAUGUCAGCUGUAUCUGCCCGGCCGCUAGUGACGACAUGGUUUGGUGGUGUGACGAUGACAGUAACAGUUUAAUACAAAUGACAAGUAAAGGUGAUGUAUAUCAGGAGGUAGUGAGUCCCUCCGUGCUGACUGAUAUCUGUCUAUCCCCGACUACACACAACCUCUGGGCGGUAUGCUCAAACGGAAGUAUCAUGGAACUGACUUCCGGUUCUUUAAUCAGCAGAUUCAACAUAACGAAUCAACCCAUGUCCAUAUGUUGUACUAAGGGUGACCACAUACUUGUUGGCAUGAUGAACAAGCUUGUUAAAUUCACAACCGAUGGGGAACAGAGUAGCACACUCACUACGUUACAUUCUGGAAAAACAUCAAUAUGUUCACCACGUAGAAUCUCGCAAUGUCCUGUCACUGGGAAUAUUGCUGUACUUGACAGUGAACAUUCAAUUGAUGGUGGUGCUGGCAAACCGUACGUUCUUGGGCUGGACAAAGACCUUAAGGAACUGUUCGAAUACGGAGAACCCGAACACAACAGCAGGGAUGACUUCCAACCUUUCAGUCCUUGGGAUAUGACGUAUGAUAGUAUGGGGAAUCUGAUCAUUGCUGACUGUGACAACCGUUGUCUGCAUCUGCUGAGUGGGAAUGGUCAGUACUUGCGAUGUCUCCAUAAUGACACGGGGUGGGCGAGACUUGUGGCGGUAGAUAGGGGCGGGAUUCUGUGGACAAGGUUUGGUAAUCAAAUCAAACGAUUGCAGUACACCAGUGUAUGAAUCAGCACAAUUCAGAGUGUUACUUAAAACAAAAGAAAUUCUCUCUUGGUGACUGUUAUGCAUCUCAUAUUAGAAUUAUGCUCGAGAAAGUGAAAAUAGCCGGGGGUAGAGCUCUGUUACUCUCUUUUUUUCGUACAUAAUUGUAACGAUUGUAAUAGGACGUAGCAUGCUCGCAGCAGUCAAGUCCUAAACAGGUCAGGAUUAGUUGUUAGUUCUCACAUGUCCUGCACCAAUGAAGGACCCCCGGGAACCUAAUUGCCUAAUAUUAACCUGAAGAUGUUGGGAUGAUGUUCAAAAAUGAUUUCUGUUUCUGUUAAAGCCGGACUGAAUCAAAGUUGAUCGCUUCAGAAACCCCCAUGCCAAAUAUCGGCAUUCUGGUACAAAUCUAAAUGAUAUACUAAUGAAUGGCCACCUCUUACAACAAAACUUUGACCCGUAAUGCUGACGCAGACACCGGGACGACUAUAUAAACGCCCCGAUUCUCUUAACAGGAAAGCUUAAUAAGUGUUCUGUAGCGUUAACACACAACGACAAGAUCGAAACUAAAGUGAAAACGCAAAGACAACAGGGUCGAAAGAAUACAACUCGAGACACACAAAUUGCUGGAGUCUUCACAUACACAUAAAUCAUGGAGAAUUCAAAUAUUCUAUCAAAUAAGUCUCCUUACGUCAUUGUGUGUAAGUUGUGAACACGUCACAAACUACAGUGCGCUGGUCGGACAAUCAACAAUCUAUAUUUAAUCAACCACAUUUGAUAGUUCUAUGUACCGUUCUGUUAUCUUUAACCCUAAUUUAUAACCACGGAUCUUAUCUAGUUCCGUACCCUAACAUCUCGAUAUCUGUAUACGUAUAUACUGUAGCACAAACACAUGCUGCUAUUCAGUGUAAACUAAUAACAUCUUCAUAUUUUCAUAGAUUAUUGCUGUGUACGCAUUAUGAGUAAUACCGCCCGUUGACACAUCACAAGAAACAAUAUAAUGACGUCGUAUCUGCGACCAUGGCAAACCUGACGUCGUUUUCUUUUGUAUUAUCCCUGCGUAAAUAAUCACAUAAUGUAAAUUUGGACAUGGCUUAGAUGAGAAUAUUUAGUCUCAAACCACAUGGAGAUAAUAAGUCUGAUCCUUUUGAUAUAAUCGGUCUUUUGGUCAGACCAAGGCAGUGGGGAAAUCCUUUGAUGGCGGGAUUUACGUGUUGUUUGCUUAAAGGUAAAUAUGAACUACAUUCAAACAUAUAUUAAUUUCGCGUUUUUUUAAACUUUUGGCAUUACCGAAGGCUUUGAUGUAUUUUGGAAAUGAAUCACACCUCACUUGCAUAUUUGAAAAAAUGUCUGUC